GGUUGCGGCGAGCUAGAAAGCGAAGGCCUUUAAAGACUUGGAAGCCUAUAGCUUGGGGACAGGAUGAGGAGUCAAUAGUGAUGAGGUCCUAGAAGAGGGAAGGACAAUAAGGAGCCGGUGGGUAAGAGGUUCUUGACUGCAGAGAUCGGCUCCUCGAGGCGCGGUGUGGGGAGCGCAGCGGAACCCUCCGGGCGGCGACCGAGGGUUUUCCUGCCACAGGAAGUUGGGCCGGGCCGUUGUGCCUGGGAGAAGGGAACCAGGAAUGAGAAAGCGGUGACGGCACCCCCCUCAGGUGACUGUCCCACCCAGUGAGUUGAAUGUAGCAGCCGGAGAGGCACUCGGCAGCCCUCACGGGCGCCCCUCGGUUUCCUUCGGGGAAACAGGAGCAAGAUCCAGAUUCCAGCGAGAGAAAACAGGUGGGACACUGAACCAUCUCCACAUCUAAUUGCUUCAGUGUAAUGCUACCAAUUGUAUCAUUUAAUCUUUCAAGCAAUGGGAAAUCCAGAAAACAUAGAAGAUGCAUAUGUUGCUGUUAUUCGUCCAAAGAAUACUGCUAGUCUUAAUACUCGGGAAUACAGAGCUAAGUCAUACGAAAUUUUGUUGCAUGAAGUUCCCAUUGAAGGACAGAAAAAAAAGAGAAAGAAAGUUUUGUUGGAAACUAAACUUCAAGGCAACAGUGAAAUAUCACAAGGCAUAUUGGAUUAUGUAGUAGAAACCACCAAACCAAUUUCUCCUGCAAACCAAGGCAUCAGAGGAAAACGAGUGGUACUAAUGAAAAAAUUUCCUCUGGAUGGAGAGAAGAUGGGGAGAGAAGCAGCAUUAUUUAUUGUUCCAUCAGUUGUCAAAGAUAAUACUAAAUAUACAUAUACUCCAGGAUGUCCAGUUUUUUACUGCUUACAAGAUAUUAUGCGAGUCUGUAGUGAAUCCAGUACUCACUUUGCUACACUUACCGCGAGGAUGUUAAUAGCCUUGGAUAAGUGGUUAGAUGAACGUCAUGCACAGUCUUACUUUAUUCCAGCUUUAUUUCGUCCUUCUCCUCUUGAGAGGAUAAAAACGAAUGUCAUAAACCCUGCAUAUGCUACUGAAUCGGGUCAGACAGAAAAUUCACUACAUAUGGGCUAUAGUGCAGUAGAAAUAAAAAGUAAAAUGUUAGCUCUAGAAAAAGCAGAUACUUGUAUUUACAACCCUUUGUUUGGAUCAGAUCUUCAAUAUACAAACCGGGUAGAUAAAGUGGUAAUAAAUCCAUACUUUGGGCUAGGAGCUCCAGACUACUCAAAAAUCCAAAUUCCCAAACAGGAAAAAUGGCAGAGAAGCAUGAGCAGUGUCACAGAAGACAAGGAACGACAAUGGGUAGAUGAUUUUCCUCUCCACCGAAGUGCCUGUGAAGGAGACUCAGAAUUACUAAGCUGUCUUCUCAAUGAGAGAUUUUCAGUCAACCAAUUAGAUAGUGACCACUGGGCGCCCAUUCAUUAUGCAUGCUGGUAUGGAAAAGUUGAGGCCACUCGCAUAUUGUUAGAGAAGGGGAAGUGUAAUCCAAACCUUUUAAAUGGACAGCUUAGUUCUCCACUUCAUUUUGCUGCUGGAGGAGGACAUGCAGAAAUAGUACAGAUUCUCCUAAACCAUCCAGAAGUUGACAGGCAUAUAACAGACCAACAGGGAAGAUCUCCAUUAAAUAUUUGUGAAGAAAACAAACAAAAUAACUGGGAAGAAGCUGCAAAAUUAUUGAAAGAAGCUGUCAACAAGCCAUAUGAAAAAGUUCGAAUAUACAGAAUGGAUGGAUCAUACCGUUCUGUUGAAUUGAAGCAUGGAAAUAAUACCACAGUACAGCAGAUAAUGGAAGGAAUGCGUCUCUCUCAAGAAACCCAGCAAUAUUUUACUAUUUGGAUUUGUUCAGAAAACCUCAGCCUUCAACUCAAACCAUAUCAUAAGCCUUUGCAACAUGUUCGUGACUGGCCAGAAAUACUUGCUGAGUUGACUAAUUUGGAUCCCCAAAGGGAAACACCUCAGCUUUUCCUAAGAAGAGAUGUGAGACUUCCUUUGGAAGUUGAAAAAAAGAUUGAAGACCCACUAGCAAUUCUUAUUCUUUUUGAUGAAGCCAGAUAUAAUUUAUUGAAGGGUUUUUAUACCGCUCCUGAUGCCAAAUUGAUAACAUUGGCAAGUCUUCUGUUACAAAUAGUUUACGGAAAUUAUGAGAGUAAAAAACACAAGCAAGGUUUUCUAAAUGAAGAAAAUCUAAAAUCCAUUGUACCUGUUACCAAACUGAAAAGUAAGGCACCUCACUGGACAAAUCGAAUACUUCAUGAAUACAAGAAUCUUAGUACAAGUGAGGGUAUCAGUAAAGAAAUGCAUCACCUUCAGCGCAUGUUCUUACAGAAUUGUUGGGAAAUUCCUACAUAUGGAGCAGCAUUUUUCACAGGACAGAUAUUUACAAAGGCAAGUCCCAGCAAUCAUAAAGUCAUCCCUGUGUAUGUAGGAGUGAAUAUAAAAGGACUUCAUCUCCUCAACAUGGAAACUAAGGCUUUACUCAUCAGUCUUAAGUAUGGUUGCUUUAUGUGGCAAUUAGGAGAUGCCGAUACUUGUUUUCAGAUCCAUAGUAUGGAAAAUAAAAUGAGCUUUAUAGUACAUACAAAACAGGCUGGUCUUGUGGUGAAACUGUUAAUGAAGCUAAAUGGACAGUUAAUGCCCACUGAAAGAAAUUCAUGAAAGGAAAGUAGCUGAUACUCAAGCCACCACAUUUUGUAAUGCAGUUUUUUCCAUGAAAGAUUUCUUAAAAUAUUACUUUUAACAAGACAUUUAGUCUCUUGUAAUAUAUACAUAUACUAUUACAUUGUACAGAAUCUGUACUUAUGUUUGGUGUGUAAUAUGCCGAUUAGUUUUAUAUAAUAUCCUCAUAAGCUAUUCUAAUUUUUGAGAGAAACACAAAAAAAUUAUAGAUUAAUAGACCAUAUAAUAUUAGAAAAAUACUAAGCUUUAUAAAUAGUUAUUUUUGGUAAAUGGAAGAGAAUUUGGAGUGGAAUGUGAUGAUAUUAAAAUGUAGCUUUGGUAUAAUUGUGUGUGUUAUUUCUAAAAAUGUUGAAGUCAGCAUGAUUUGAAUAACAAAAAUGUAUUUUCUACUUGAA